AUGGUUGGGAGACGAUAUUUCAGGAUCCUAUUGGCUAUGGCCGCUGCCAUGGUCAUAGUGGUUCUUAUAGCCACGUCUUCCGAAGCGCUGGUCAAAUCGUGGGCUCCGUCACGGGAAUCUUUGACCGUAAGUAAUCUCUUUGCUCCGAAAAAAGGCGAAAAAGAUGGCUCUACGAGAGUGAAACAAACGGUUUCCGAAGAGGUAACCACCGACAUUGACUCUAUAACACCGGGACCGGUGGAUACAGGGGACGAGGGCUUUCCUUUGAGCAAGGAAUAUCGCAGUAACGGAGUUUUCAGUGCCAAUCCAUUGAAAACUUUCACUGAUCCUCAUACGUUGAUCGUUGGAAAGUCAGCAGACUACACAUUUAGCGAGGAAUCGAUGUGUAAGAGUCUUCAAUACGAAAGAUCGUUGAUGUACACACAACAAAAAUUCCUCAAUGCUGAUUACGAAACUUUGCAAGCAGCAUUGGCGAGCAAUGAGAAUUAUUCACAGCUUUUGGCGGAGGCCAACAAGAAAUUCAAACCGUCGAUACCUGCAGAAAAACAGUGGCAUCGAUUUGCGGGCUCAUCAGUGUGGCUCCCUCAAUAUGGCUUGCACUUUAUGGUGAGUCGAGUGAUGUGGUCACCUUCAGGGAUCCCCAAUAAGGCAUUUGCGAGUUUCUUAUACGUGCAACUCUUUGAUAAAAAUUGGGAAGAGGUACCCGAGACUCAUCUCAAAGUUCCUUACGAAGAGAUAGUCACGAAAUCAGUCAUCAAUGCUGAUGGAACCAAAUCUGAGUUGACGUUGGACACGAAGCAAUCAACCAGAAACAUCAAGUUUCCCUCCUUCUUACCCAUUUCCUUUGACUACCACAUGCACGUUGAUAAUGGCAAAUACUACUGGGGACCUGAAGAUCCUCGGAUCAUUGGACGUACGAACAGCCAAGGAGAGGUCGAGCCCAUCAUUGUGUUCAAUAUGAAAAAUCACAAGUUAGUGAAGAGAGUGAUGCACUCGUACAAGCCAUUUUCCGACGACCUUCAGAUCUUAAAGAGAAGAUCAGGAAAAUUUGGAUACAUCGAGAAAAACUGGACACCAUUUUUUGGAAGACAAUGUCAAAAUGAAGAAAAGAUCAAUUUUGUUUCAAGUAUGGACCCACUUGAAGUGAUGACUUGCUCGCUUGAAGACGGCUUGUGUGACCCAUUGUACGAGAAUACCAAGGUACCAGGUCCCUUGCGUGGGGGUACCCAGCUCAUGGAGCUUCCUAUAGACGACCAAGUUCCUGAGCACGUCCGGAAUUUAUAUCAAUUUCCUGAGAACAGAAAGGUAUUUGUCGGGUGGGCACGGACACAUCUUAAGGAAUGUGGAUGCGGAGAAUCGAUGUACAGACCCAACCUCAUUGUGUUCAUCGAAGACUACAACCCAGAGACAAAGAAGUAUUACUACAAAGUAGCGGACGUUUCAGAAUACUUUGACUUUGACAUUACGGCGCCAGAAUGGUACAUGCCUAAAAUACUGUCCGAUGGUACAUUAAUUGAACCCGAACCAAAGCAAUGUGUGGGCAGAAGUGUUCUCAUCCCCAAUUCCAUUGCUUACUGGGGAAUUAGUGCGAUCCUCAAGAACAAUGUUCUGUAUCGUCGCCAAUUCUACUCUGUAAUUCCUACCGACGAAGAGAUUGCAGACAAAACUGCUGGCAAGGUAAUGAAGCAAGAAUACAAAAGAGAAGCUAUCCCCGUUGAAUUCGAAGACUACAUGGGCAUCACCCUCUCUGGUGGUGACAUUGAUGUCAGCAUUGUCCAUGUGAGGGGAUUGCUCGACUAUAUUCUCAAUAUUCCUUCAUUAUUUGACGAAGCCACUGUCAUCACUUCAGACGAUAAGUUCCAGCAACGCGGCUUUGACUACAACAAUAUUUGUGCGGCAAAAGCAAGUCAAGAAUAUUGUGUGCGAUUUGCUGAGGCUCACGGAGGGGUUACAGAAUACAAAAAGAAGGACUAA